UUAAGGAAGUUGUUUUUCUUCUGUGAAAGUUAGACUAAUCUUCCCCAUGCUCCUGUACAUUGGACCUCUGUGCACUGGAUCAGUACCUGAAUAUUAACCGGACCGAUGAAGAUCAUUUUUAUAUUUACGUUUUAUCUUCAAGCAUUUGCAGACACAUCCACCCUGAAUUAUCUCUACACUGCAUUCGGACAAGAGAACUAUGUGCAAACUAAGUUUACUGCAGUUGUUUUGCUAAAUUCAGAGCAGUGCAUGUCCUACAACAGUAUUAAGGAGAUGCUGAUCGUAGUGGACUGGAUAAAUGGGACUCAAGGUGUAGAUUAUUGGAAGAAUGAGGCACAGCAGAUGCAGGGCAAUCAGGAUGACUUUAACACCAAAUUUAGAUCUGCCAGGACGUACUUCAGUGACACUAAAGGGGCUCACACACUUCAGAGGAUGUACGGCUGUGAGCUGGAUGAUGACGGCACCACUAGAGGAUACGAUCUGUACGCUUAUGAUGGAGAGGAUUUCAUCAGUCUGGAUCUGACAACUGGAACCUGGACCUCAGCUAAUGAUGGGUCUCUCUUAAUCGAACUGAAUUGGAAGCCUAAAGAAGCUAAACACUGGAAGAACUACCUGGAGAAUAACUGUGCAGAUUAUUUAAAGAAGUUAACAUCUUACAUAAGAGAAGUUGUUCCCGAGGUGUCAGUGUUCCAUAAACACUAUCCUUCUCCAGAGGUGGUGUGUCUCGCUACUGGUUUCUUCCCCAAACCACUAAACAUCACCUGGCAGGAGGGCGGAGAGGACGUGCAUGAAGACGUGGAGCUCAGAGAGACGUUACCCAACCAGGAUGGAAGCUUCCAGAAGAGAAGCAUUCUGAAAGUCCCAGCUGAGGAGCUGCAGAAACACAACUACACCUGCGUGGUUCAGCACAGCAGCUUGGAGAAGGAGUUAGUGCGAGAAGUACCAAAAGAUGAAGGAACAAAGGGAGGAUUGGACGGAGGAUCAGACAGAGCAAUGAUUGCUAUCAUCAUUGUUGUCAUCAUUGUCAUCGUUGCCGUUGUUGCUGAAAUUGUGGUUUGGAAGAAGAAGAACUCCGGUGAGAGGACGACUGGAGCAGUCCCUGAAGGAGAUUCUUCCUCCAACAACUCUAACACUGUGACUGUGUAUCGUCCUGCUGAACUGAGAGAUAGGAGAGACGAGGAGAGGGGUUGAGGACAGAGUUUACAGAGGACCACGCAGAGGAGAUUAUAGAAUUAAAAGAUCUGGAACUUUGCCCAAAGGCAUUAGAUGGUUGGACGGCUGCAAAAUGGACUCGUUGCACUGCUUUCGAUACAGAAUGUACUGUACUGACCACAGAUCUAACUGAGCUGCUUACAAGUACACGGUCACCGAAGGUACAUCAUCCGGUUAGAUCUUUAACGGUUUUAAACGAUUGCUGACUGAAUUUGGUGUGUAAGACUAUAUCAGCCCAUGUAAUGUCAGAUUAUAUUUUAUGAUACUGUAUAGAUAUCUGAAAUGUGAUACUGUACAUUUCAUUUUUAAUUUGAAGUUUAAAGAUUUGUACUCGGCAGUUUUUUAUGCACUUAUUUUGUCUUGUUUUAUAUGAAUGCACUAGGGAGAUGGACAAGAGCCAUGCUGUUUACAUAAAAUGCCAAAAUCAAAUACUUUGGAAACAAACCAAAAAACGCUAACAUUCACACUCCAAUUGUAAAGUCGCAGCUGAAAGUGCAAUAUAACAGAAGAUGUCUUUAAGCUAACACAGAAUCCACAUUCCUUAUUCAAGGCUCAGGUACAAAACUGUCAUUUCAUGCUAUAUGUCUUUAUUCUUGUCAAUACACAGUAUUAAAUUUAAUCCAAUUUCCCUACAUGGUCAUGUUACAAGGGCCAUUCAAGUCAAAGUUGCUUGUGCAGAAUGACAGAAUGACCGAGGUAAUGAGAGAGACUCCCUUUAUUUCUCUAUAUAAUCCCCAGCUACCCUAAUGCACUUCUCCCAGUGUUUCACUAGUCUUUGGACACCAUCAAAGUAGAACGUUUACUGAGUACACUGGUGCCAUGAUCAGACUGCCUGCUACACAUUUGCAACGCUAGCCUCCCAGGAACUCCUUUAAUGGCCUAAACAUGUAGAAAUGGUUUGGAGCGAGGUCAGGACUGUACAGGGGAUGUAGCAAUAACUCACAGCCGAGUUCCUCAAUUGUGCAAUUUAUUUAAAAAAAAAACCUAAUAAUUAAUUUAAUUAAAGGUACAUUAAUUUCAGAGUUAUUUAUGUUAAGGAAUAUUUCCAUAGAUUAUCACUCCUGAGCUGUUACCACAGGAUAAGCUGACAGAAUGCAGUGUAUUGUGGCGUCACUGCAGUAUUUUUAAAUGACAUUUUAACUCAUUUUAUGCUGCUGAUGAUAAUGAUGAUACUGCUGAUACCUCAAAUGAUACUGCUGAUACCUCAAACUAUUGAAAUUCAGGAACACUCUUAAAAAAAAUGUAUUUUGAUCUCUAUUUUUGAAUUCGUCACUGUAUGUGUGUUUUGUUUUGUUAAUUUUCUUCCCACUCAGAUCUUAGUUUUGUACAAAAGUCACUUUGCCAAUAAAUUCCAGGUAGGAGUGUUCAUGCCAAGUUCUUCAAGAUCAUUGUUAUUUGGACAGUGCUU